CAGCACCGAAGCCAGGGGUGAAGACGAGCGCGCGACUUCAAGUCAGCAGGGGCCUGCGCUGAGGAAUGGACCCUCAGUCAAGCCAUAGAUGUGGAAGGAUCUGAUAUCAGAAGAAGAUCAAGAACGAACAAGAACAGCAGAGAGGAAAGGACAGACGCUGCGAAGGAGGCGAAAGAUGGCCCUGCUCUCAGUAACACGAUGUAUAGUACCACGAUUCAUACACUUCUUAUCAAUGGAGCUCCCCCUCUGGGACAGUCGAGAGUCUCAUGUCUCGACUUCUGAAGAGUAAUACACCCUUUCAACUCUCGUGCGCAAUGUGCGGUGACAGCUGUGAAUCGCGCCUGAUAAACUCGUG